CUCCAAUGGUAUCCAAAUUAGGGUCCGUCGAGAAGUUCUCUACUUUGAUGUCCUUAAGGCGCGUCCCGAAAGGUUUGCUUUGGAGAACUUGAUGGGAUGGGACGGUUUUUUAUGAUUGCAAAAUGCGUUUAAUACGUUCAUUGGUGUCAUUUAAUUAAAUUACGCAAUAUGAUAUCAAGGUACUUGUAAAAUAAUCAUUUCAGUAUGUGCACAGUCAUGGUGUGAGCGAUAUUUAAACGAGGCAACGUAAUUAAGUGCACAAUAUAGUGUGCUAAAUAUGGCGAAGUUAGUGCCUCUGUUCAUCACUUGCUCGGUUUUGAUCCAUGUGGCGAGCGCCGCUAGGAUACUUGGCAUUGUGCCGACCCCCUCCUACAGUCAUCAGGUCGUCUUCCAGCCUUUGUGGCGCGAAUUAUCACUAAGAGGACAUCACGUCACAACUCUAACGACAGAUCCGAUUAAAGAUCCCGGGCUUACCAAUUUGACCGAGAUCGAUUUGCAUUUCUCCUACGAGGAGUGGAAUAAGAUGAUUAUGAAAAAUGUACUGACUUUUAACGAUAACAUAAUAGGAACAAUAUUGUCGUUUAUCGACCACACGAUGGACAUGUACGAGCAACAGCUACGGCAUCCUAGCGUGCAGGAUUUGAUCAAAGGCGACCACAGAUUUGAUUUGGUGAUAAUUGAAGGAUUUGCACCUAUGAUGUCGGCUUUUGCCCAGAAGAUUCAGUGUCCUUUUAUUGCUAUGAUAUCCACGGAUGGAUUCACUGACCAGUUCAAACAGGUGGGAAAUCCCACGCAUUUGGUUGUCUAUCCGGAUCUUAUGCACGAUUUUGAUGUAGAACUGCCUUUUUUACAAAGACUGAAAAGUGUGGUCUUCGCAUAUGUGUUUCAGCUACUUGGCAUAUACGGCAAUUAUUUACAAGCUCGGCUCGUAGAGAAACAUUUUGGCCCCAAUUUUCCGGCCAUAGACGAUAUCAUGAGCAACGUAAGCAUGCUAUUUGUAAAUGCUGACCCCGUCUUUCACAAAAUCAGGCCACUGGUUCCCGCCGUCGUGCAGAUUGGCGGAGGAACACACCUUCGACCUCCCAAACCGCUGCCUCCUCAUUUACAGCAACGGUUAGACAGUGCGAAGGACGGUUUUAUAUACUUUAGCCUGGGUUCUAACGUUAAAAGCAAGGAUAUACCCGCAGAGACCCGCGCCAUAAUACUGGAGACAUUCUCCGAGUUACCAUACACAAUUCUAUGGAAAUUUGAGGCAGAAAAUCUACCCAAUAAAUCAGAUAAUGUGAUCAUUUCCAAGUGGUUACCUCAGCAAGACGUUUUAAGGCAUCCCAAUAUAAAGUUGUUUAUAACGCAAGGCGGUUUACAAUCGUCAGAUGAAACGAUUUACACCGGCGUUCCGAUAGUUGGUAUGCCUUUUUUCGGCGACCAAAUGGCGAACAUUAAAAAAAUGGUAGCGAAGGGCGUAGGACUAUCGGUCGACUACACUAGCUUGGAGAGGGAGGACUUCAAGCGGAAAAUUCAGGAAGUUAUUCGCAAUCCAAAGUAUCGAAACAGAAUAAAAGAACUGGCGGAGUUGGCGCAAGAUCAGCCGAUGACUGGGUUGGAGCGUGCCGUUUGGUGGUCUGAAUAUGUCAUCCGUCAUAAAGGUGCUCAUCACCUCCGAAGCCCACUGUUGGACAUACCUUGAUUAGCCCUUAGUAACGCUCCAACUGAACCAUCGGCAUUGUACUUGACCUUGAACAACCCACCGACUUCUUAUCAGCCAGCCUAUAGCUACUAGAUCCCCAGUGUGAUUGAAUGAAGCCAUGGUCAACAAUACCGCCACUACACCUAAGUAAUUAGGACAGAGACACUUAGAAAGACUUACCGCCUGAGAGUCAAUUUGCGGCGAGUCAAAAGUUGCAAAUCGUUGGUUUCAACAGGAUGGUGCACCUGCGCAUAACUACAGCCAUACCGAUUGGUAUAAAAAGGUCCUAUAAUACAAUCUCAAAUAUUUUUUAACUGCAUCUCUGCGCACCUAAGACAUAUAGAUCUAAUAGAAUUUAAGAAUA